UCAUUUCCACAAGGCCACUCCAGAUCCACUUCAGUGUGGAGGCCUUUAAGAGCACUUCCAAUUCCAGUUAAAACACAGGUAAGUGAGCCAGAACCAAGAUUUUGAACUGUUCCUGUGACUUCUGAAGCUAUUUUCCUGAUUCUUAUUUAUAUCACAUCUGUCUCUAUCAUCAGAAGAGGACUGAAGAAAAAAUAUUUUCACAGAGCCGGUGAAUUUAAAAGAAAUCUCCCGCACGCAUAGCUGAUGCGCCACCUACUGCAAAACCGAGCUGACAGAGCAGGCGGCGCUGCCAGCAUUUCCAUUCCAUCACCAGGCUGGGGCUGAAUAAAGGCGUGCUUGUGGGGUAGUGUUUCUUUUUUAAAAAUCUCAGAGCCAAGAAGAACAGGCUGAAAUAGCAUUUUCAAAAAUGGAGCGUAAAAUAAACAGAAGAGAAAAAGAAAAGGAGUAUGAAGGGAAACACAACAGCUUGGAAGACGCUGACCAAGGAAAGAACUGCAAAUCCACACUGAUGACCCUCAACGUUGGUGGAUAUUUAUACAUUACUCAAAAACAAACACUCACCAAGUACCCAGACACUUUCCUUGAAGGUAUAGUAAAUGGAAAAAUCCUCUGCCCGUUUGAUGCUGAUGGGCAUUAUUUCAUAGACAGGGAUGGACUCCUCUUCAGGCAUGUCCUGAACUUCCUACGAAAUGGAGAACUUCUACUGCCCGAAGGCUUUCGAGAAAAUCAACUUCUUGCACAAGAAGCAGAAUUCUUUCAGCUCAAGGGACUGGCGGAGGAAGUGAAAGCCAGGUGGGAAAAAGAACAGCUAACACCCAGAGAGACUACUUUCUUGGAAAUAACAGAUAACCAUGAUCGCUCACAGGGACUGAGAAUUUUCUGUAAUGCUCCUGAUUUCAUAUCAAAAAUAAAAUCUCGCAUUGUUCUGGUGUCCAAAAGCAGGCUGGAUGGAUUUCCAGAGGAGUUUUCAAUAUCAUCAAACAUCAUUCAAUUUAAAUACUUCAUAAAAUCUGAAAAUGGCACUCGACUUGUACUAAAGGAAGACAACACCUUUGUCUGUACCCUGGAAACUCUUAAGUUUGAAGCUAUAAUGAUGGCUUUAAAGUGUGGCUUUAGACUGCUGACCAGCCUGGAUUGUUCCAAAGGGUCAAUUGUUCACAGCGAUGCACUUCAUUUUAUCAAGUAAUUACCUGUGUCACGAACAAAGGCAACAAGCAUGCAGCCAGCAAGCUUCGGAAAACCACGGCAUCAAAGGCAUCCCAAAUAACGUGUGCCCAGUCAGCUCUGUACUCAGAGCCCUGCUGCUAAUCAAUUACUGUGAGCUAACGGUAUGUAAAUUCUAUCGCUAAAGAUGUCCUUCUCAAGGGUGUUCCUGCUGAUCAGACUCUUAUACUUAAAACGAAAACAGUGAUGUUCUAUAUAUUAUAAAUAAAGACUGAAUGCUUUUGCUA